CAGCCAAGUUUCUCCACUAUUUCUUUUUAAAAUGAUAUGUCAGUUAUUGUGUUUUUUUUUUUCAAGUUUUUGACAAAAUAUCAAAAAUAGCAUAUUGUAUCCUAAAGACUCGGAAGACCACCGACUUCGCCGGCGUUGUCAUCAUGACGCGCCUCCUCCUCCUCCACCACCUUUUUUAUACCCAUUUGAUUCCGUCCCAACCAAGCCAACACGUUUACGCUUCUCCGCCACCUCUCCACCUCCAAUUCUAGCGGUUUUAGAUCUUUACGAUGAUGGGAGUUCAGGCCACCGGUCGGUACUUCACGUCGCCGAUCAUCAUCCCGAUCCCCUCGCAGUCACACCCAACGUACCAGACUGCCGGCGGGUGGGGCGCUUACCGCGCCCUCGCCCGCCCCUCGGCCUCCCUCGGCUCAAAGAUCCUGCGGACCCGAUCGGCGGAGUUCCUGCGAACGAGAGGGAGGCAUGGCGGCGCGCUGCCCCUGCGCGGGGCCAGAAGCGCCAGCCUCGAUCCCUUCGACGACGACGCCGAUGACGAAUGCGAGGAGGACUCCGUAAGAAAGGUCGAAGAUUUGGCCGUCGUGCUCAGCGGGCAAAAGGCGCAGGUCGGAGAGCUCGAGCGAAAUAAACAAACCCCCUACUUCUCCCCCAAAUCGACGCUGGGGCUUUUCCCGUCGAUCCGAUCGCCGUGGAUGCUGGGAUUCAGGGAGGAUCCUCCGGAGUGGUCCAACCUGAUCGUUCCGGCGUGCGUGGAGGCGAACGCCGACGGCGUCCGCAUUCCGCUCUCGCUGCGGAUCAUCAAGCUGAAGAAGCGGUUCGAGGCCAGCUGGUUCAUUGAGACCGGCGAGACGGCGUGCUGCUCCAUGAAGCGAGCCUUCUCCUCCAUGGUGUUCAUGAUCCGGGAGCUCCAGAGGUACGCGCUCCAGUGGCGGGAGGCGCUACUCUGCGAGGAAAACCAGGGCAUCCUCGGGCGGAUCCAAAUCGAGAUGAAUUACUCCUUCGUCUGCCUCUUCCAACAGAUCUUCUCCGCCACGCCAACCCUCAUGGUCUCCCUCAUGCUCCUCCUCGCCAACUUCACCAUCUUCUAUAUGGACCACUUCAACCUCAUCGGCGCCGCCGUGACGCCCUCCAACGCAUCCUCCGUCUUCUGCCUGAUCGACACCCUUAUCGAGGAAAACGAUCGAGACGAGAUGGAGAUGGAGAUGGAGAUGGCGACGGCAGAGGAUGAAGUCGGCCAGGGCGUGUGGACCGAAACCCUCGCGUCGGAGGAGGCGGUGCUUUGGGAAAAGUUUCUGGAGGAGUUCGCCAGGUUACAAGCCACAACGCGCCACGAGGCGCUCAUGGACCCGGACACGAUGCGGCGCAUGGUCUCGCCCGUCUCGAUCGAACUGCAGACGGACGAUAAAUCCGACCACCUGAGGACAGAGAUGAUGUACGAGCAGGCGCUGGGGCAGGAUCCCGACAGCCCCCUCCUCCUCUCCAACUUCGCGCAGUUCCUUUACCUCGUCCUCCACCAGAACGAAAGGGCGGAGCACUACUUCUCGAAGGCGAUCACAAUGGCGCCCAGGGACGCGGAGACGCUGAGCCGCUACGCGAGCUUUCUGUGGGUGGCGAGGGGUGACCUGAUGGCGGCCGAGGAGACUUUCUUGGAGGCGAUCGCCGCCGCUCCGGGGAACACGGCCCACACCGCCAACUACGCGCACUUCUUGUGGAGCACCGGGGGCGAGGGCACCUGCUAUCCGUUGGCAUACGACGUGGGCCUCCCAUAAACGACAGUGAGAUUCUCACACUCGUCUCCAUCGCGGCGAAUUGGAGGAGAAAAAAUACAAAGAAAGAACCUCAAUUAUUAUAUAUAAUGAUCACAUGUGCUUUUGGUUUUGGCCCUCUGGUAAUGUUUGUGCUUAACGUUAGACUAAAUUUGGAUUGCGAGAUGAUAAAACCUGUAAAUUUUUAUCUAUUUUCAU